UUCCAGGUCGAAUUCGACAACCGAGCGGCCGCCCUCGACCCGGCCAAUGGCAGCGCAGCACACGCGGGCAGCGGCCUCGCGGCCGACGACUCCGACGAGGCCGAUCAGCUGCGCCGGUCGGCCAAACGCAAGACGCUCGGCAACAUCAAGUUCAUCGGCGAGCUGGGCAAGCUCGAGAUCCUGUCGGAGGCCAUCUUGCAUCGGUGCAUACAGGAGUUGCUGGUCAGGAGCGGCGACGAUCCGGCCGAGGACCUCGAGUGUCUCUGUCAGAUUCUGCGGACGUGCGGCCGUAUCUUGGACACCGAUAAGGGUAAAUACCUCAUGGACCAAUACUUUUCAAGGAUGAAAUUGCUGGCUGAAAACCAAGAUUUACAGUCGAGAAUAAGAUUCAUGUUGAAAGACGUGAUCGAUCUAAGACAUGGUGGAUGGGUGCCAAGAAAGGCUACCGUCUUAGAAGGUCCGAUGCCCAUGAACCAAAUCCGACCGGCCGAAGACGACCGGCCCCACCACGCUUCGUAUCGGCGCGGCGGCGACCACGGCGGCGGCGGCCGUCACAACGACAGGGACGGCGACCGCGACCGUCGCGGCGGCGACCAUCGAUCGGCGGCCGAGCUGUUCCGGCACCCGCUCAAGACCAGGGACGGCAUCAACGACAUGCUGAUGAUGAGCGGCGGGCUGUCGGGGUCGCCGGGGUCGCUCAUCUCGGGAGGUGGCGGCGGAGGAGGCGGUGGAGGAGGGCACAACGGAUACAGUGGUGGACAAAGGGAUGGUGGGUUCAGAGGUCAUAAUAACCAGAGGAGCGGUGGUGGUGGAGGCGGCGGUUUCAACAAUUUCACCAGUCAGCGAGGGCAGUACAAGCACAACCAGAACAAUUCCAAUUCGCAGUUCAACCAAAGCAACAAGGACGUGGCGCCGCGCUUCAAGAAGAACAACCUCAUCGUGACGAAGGACGAAAUCGCCGACGUCGAGCUGCGACCCAACUCGAUGCUGAUCACGAAGGCGUCCUCGCUGAAGACCAACAACAACAGGACGAUCGAGCAGCAAUUCGCCGCCCAACAGCUGGGCGGCGUGAAGAUGCCGCCCGCGGCGCUGCUCAAGGAACCGCUGCCCGUCAAGCAGGUGCCCGCCGAGAAGCCGAAGCAGUCCAAGAAGGAUAAGGGCCCGAACAAGGAAGAGGUUUUGAAGAAGUUCUGUUCGUUGAUCGACGAAUAUUGGAAAGGGGAAAUAGAUCUCAAACAGGCAAUUAACUCCUAUAAAGAGCACAAAGUUCCUGACAAGUUCGGCAAAGAGGUGAUCCUCAAAGGUCUUACAGUGGCUCUGGAUAAGUCUGACGUGGAACAGGAGAAGCUGAUCCGGCUGCUGAGCAACCUGCGCGAAGACAACCUCACCGGCGCCGCGGCGACGCAGGACGCUUUCAAGUCGCUCUGUCACGUGCUCGAGCGACGCGACAACGAAGCGGACAAGGCGUCGGCGUCCGUGCUGCUCGCGACGGCCGUCUGCGAGCACCUGGUGCCGCUGUCGGACGUCGCGGCGCUGACAGAGAACGGCCAGCACUAUCCGCUGUUCCUGCUCGUGCUGCAGCACGUCUACAAGAAGCGCGGCAAGAGCGAGCUGUCGGAGUUGUUCAACAAGAGCAAGAUCAAUCUGAUGACCCAGCUGCCGGAGAACGACAAGACGAAAGAACGUCUCACCGAGAUCCUCGAGGAGCGCGACCUCACGUUCCUCUAUCCGCUGCUGCGCAUCCAGGCCGACCUCGCCAGGCAGCUGCAGGCCGACCCGAAUCCGCAGACGUUCUACAAGUGGAUCAAGGAGACGCUGGAGCCGGCCAAUUUCAACGAUGCCGGCUUCAUCAACGCCUUGCUGACGGUGCUGCUGAAGUAUAUUACUCAGGAAUCGACGGCGAACAGCAACGGCGACGAGAAGAUCCUCAUCGAAAAGGAGUCGGCCUGCCUCAAGCGCUACCAACCCAUCUUGAACGCCUUCCUGCGCGACAAGUCCUCGCUGCAGCUGGUCGCCCUCUACUCGCUGCAGGCGCACUUCCACUCGCUGGGCUUCCCCAAGGGCCAGCUGCUCAGGUGGUUCGUGGCCCUCUACGAGAUGGAGAUCAUCGACGAGGAGGCGUUCCUGAAUUGGAAGGAGGACCUGUCGGACGCGUACGCCGGCAAGGGGUUGGCUUUGUUCCAGGUAAACGGUUGGCUGACAUGGUUACAGAACGCCGAAUCCGAGGAAGAAGAAGGAGACGAUUGAACCAGAUCGCGUCAUUCCUCGAAAAAUAGAAAAAAGUUGAAAAAAAUCAUAAUUUUAGGUUAUUAAAGAAUCACAACGCGAGGGGCGAAGGAAAGCUCCUACGCAUUUUAUUGUAUCACUUUUGUAACUCGGUACCAUUUUCACAUUAAAGAAUGAAAUUAUACAUAAAUGUAGUGGAAGGAUGGAUCACAUAGUAUUGUUUCUCAAAUCAACAUGUUCAUAGAAUACUCAAUUUCUCUGUCCCAGUCCACUCUACAAUAUCAUCAAAUAUUGAUUUCAAAAACCUCAUUUUAUUGCAAUGAAAUCGUAAACUCAAAAUGUUUCGAAAACUCGUUUGUGCAUUAUACAGGGUGAUGUAGUUAUGGGCGGUAUUAUACUAGUAUAUAACUUCCAAGCUGACUGUUGGGUAUUAUGGGUAUCUUUUAUAUUUUUGAUCAAUAAUUCAUUACUCUAGCCACAUUAUCUUGAUUCGUUUAUCAAUUUUUUGCCAUAAGCAAUGUUUUCAAUGUAGUGGAACAUCAUUAGAAAAAUAAAAUGUUUCCUUCAUAUUAAAAAUUGCAUGUUGGUAAAAUCAGGUCAUAAUUUAAGCUUGCUGUAUUCACAUUCAAAAUGGCGGCGAAAUCAAUGAUUCUCCAAAAUCUGAAUCUCAAGACAGAAGGAAGUGAAUAAACGUCAUUUAGUUACAAUUUUAUCAUAUAUCUCUUCAAUUUACAUGGUGUAAACAUUUUACUAUUAACAUUAUUAUAUUUAUCAUCAUAAUUAUUGAUGUUAUUGUGAUGUGAUUACUAUUGUUAUUAUUAUCAUGAAUUCAUUCAAAAUGCAGUUGAAUAUUUUUGCAAAGAACAUCAAAUGAAAAUAUUUCUUCCUGUAGCCCUUGAAUUUUGAAGAAAAUUCUAAUUAUCAGAUAAAUCCGCUUGUAUAAGGCAUUGAUGAUGUGAAAAUAUACUGGAUGAUAAUCUAUUUAGUGAUUAUGAAACAAGUGACAGUAGCAACAGUGACUUGAUGAAUAAUAUUUCAAAUUUCAACCACCUCCAGUCAUAAUAGUGGAAGCAACUGGGCAUAGUGAUCCAUUUGAGAAUAAUGAAAAUGGAUUUUAAGAAGAAAUAUUCAAGAAGUCCAUGAAAGAACCAAUAAACAUUCUCACAAAACAUUAUUUCAAUCUACUGGCAUCUAGUGUAGAUGAGUCAAAACUUGAAAUGAUAAACGUAGAAAUACUGCAGAAGAAUGCAAGAAUAAUUCUGAAGAGAAUAGAAUCAUUAUUGAGACACCACCACUGAAACAGAGCAGUUUUGAAAAAUACUCGAUACUUCAAAUAAAUCCUGUACUGUAUACAGUCUGUCCAAGAUAAGGUUGCACAGCAUGGGGAUCUCGGAAACGGUAAGAAAUACGAAGUCGGUUAAAUGGGGAAAAAGUUGCGCAUUCG